UUGCACUGAACUCGCACCGUCUCUUUACAUGGAAAACAGGCCCCUGGAUGGAGACAAGGCUAUUUUUAGGGAGAACAAAUGUGAGUUAUGACUGGAAUCCCUUAGCAAGUAGCUUCCAAACAGACUUCGUCCAUUUAGCUCUAAGCAAGCUUCCAGCACCACAGCUACCCAAGGACCGGAUUACAAGCAGCUCAACAAGUAGAUUUCUGUUUUUCCAGAUCUGCGGCUUCCUCAAAAGAGACACAGCUGCACACAUCUGGUUAUAAGGACUCGGGACUUCCCAGUGAAAAAUGUCCAAACAGCCCUCUUCAAACGUCAGAGCCAUACAGGCGAACAUCAAUAUCCCGAUGGGGGCUUUCCGUCCCGGAGCUGGACAUCCUGUGAAGAGAAGAGAUGAUUCAGUGAACAUCGAGGAGGGCGCCUCUGUAACAGCGGAAGAGAAGAAGCAGCAGCUGCCGGACGCUAAGAAAGGCCCCGGGCCGGCUGUAGACCUCUCUGAGAUCCGCAAUGUGAAAAGCGAGCUCAAACUGGUCACCAAAGUGGAUGAAUAGCGGGAAGGAACAGUGGAAGAAGGCCCACAGCAAGAACACACAUUCAUUCUAUAAGCAUUUUGUAAAUGAUUUUUUAAAAAGAUGAAUUCAUCUCUCGCAAUGGAUACUGUAUGCGGUGGUCUGGAGCAGAAACUGCUUUCAAAUUCAAAGAAAGGUUAACGCAAUAAUAAUAAUAAUAAUAAUAAUAAUAAUAAUAAUAAUAAUAAUAAUAAUAAUAAUACCCCCACUGGUAAGCCCAUUCCUAUCGAGCACCAUCAUGUUAUAGUUAAGCUUGUUGUGACUUUUUUUAAAUCCUAUCAAUUAAAUAUGUUUUUCCCAGCAUGUUCAGCCCAGCCCUCUCACUCCAAGUCUUCUGGUAAAAGCACAGCUUAUUGGUCUCAAUCUUUUACAAAAGGUGGACAAGUGGCCAGCCACUCUGUAACCUCACCAUCGUAAACAACCCAAAUCUUACAGGUGUUUCAGUUUACAGUAAACAGUGGAGGACAACCCUGUGUGAACCUCAUGCUGAAGUUUGGAGCACCAAAAUCUUUCUUUGAUUGCUUUUUUGUAUCACCAGUGCUUUUGAAUAAUUCACACUGAGUGCAGAAAUGUGUAACCUACUGUAUAUGAUCUCUCUUAACCCCUCGGAUUUCAAUCAGUGUGUGCAGGAUGUGGGCGUUUGAGAAGGCCCAUCAAUUUCUAAUUUCUUUGAAUCUAGUGCAUUCAAAAUGCAGCCAAUUUUAUUAAGCAGGGCUCAGAUGACAGUAACUAGCCGCUUAUAACUGAAUGUCAGUGAUUAUGGUGAACAGCAAUACUUGUUAUUGCAUGUACAUUAAACGCAAGAGAAACUUUGUGCCUUGAGUGUUGAGCUCCAGCAGACUGGGGAAUUACAGACAGUAGUUCAGUCCUUCAGCUGCAGGGCUGCAGCAUCAAUUGCAGGAGCUGUUCCUCCAAUGUGGUUCCUUCCCCCCUGGCCCCACAUAUCACUAUUCAUCAAACUCUUCUGUACUCUGCUGUCAUCACCUACUGGUUUUGUUGGUUUGCAGAGCUCAUUGUAAAUGCUGGCGAGCUGUUAAUCUUUUGAACGUUUGAUUGUGCUCCUUGAGGGUUUACUGCUCUAUGUGUGCCUGUUGGCAUUUCAAAGUGUUUUAUUCUCUUUAGCGCGGUCUGUUUCCUACUGUGCCAUGUGUAUUUCCCUGUCAAUGCGUUAACUUUGUUAACUUCGUUACUAGGGAUGUGCACCUGUACUCAUAAUUGCCUUUAAGAAGUUUUUAUUGUUAAGUAUUCAAUAAAUCCAUUCAUGAAUGUGUUGAUUUCGUUGUCGGUUUAUGGCCCGCGCAUGGUGGUACGUACGGCAGUACAAAUGUCAGCGCCUCGGAUGAGAGGAAAAUUCGCAUCCAAGCGGCUUUUAAAACACUCGCUGCGGGAGUGAAUUGCCUUUGAUCGGUACUCAAUUGGAAAGGUGUGGAAGGACAGCUUUUUUUUUUUUAAAAUCAACAGAUUACUGAAUGGAGUUAUUGAAUACCUGCCAAUAAAUACCUCUUAAAGGCAACUGUGUUUCUGUACACCCCUAUUCUUUACUCGCUCUUGUUUGUAUUCUGUUACGGAGUAACAUAUAAGGGGGAGGAAAUGUUUGCUGGUGGGAACCAAUAUUCGUUUACACCAACAUAAUCCAUAGCUUUUUAUUGGAGCAUUUUUACACCAACCACCAACCGCCAACCGCCAUCUCAGGAUCACCCCUAAACUAAGAGGCCCACACUUUCCAAGUAGAAAGUAUCAAUAUUUCAGCACAUUAGGCUUGGCAACCAUCUCAAAACAGACACGUGCCCAUUUGAACCAGACAAGAGUGUUAGAGGCCACUGAGCUAGAGGUAUUAACAAGCAAAAAGCAACAAAAAACAAACAAAUAACCUCUGAUCCUUCUCACCCUUUCGCUUGGCAUACUCAAUAUUUAGCAGGAUAAAAAUGAGUUUGGAAGUGUAUGUGGUGCGCCCCCUAUCUGAAUCCAGGUGAAGGACUCAGGUUCCUGUUUGUUUAUAUAUUAAAGGCUCCCUUUGAAAGUGUCCUUUGUAACCUGUUUACAACAUGCCUACUGAUCAAGGACUGAGGGACAGCAGCAUUGAAUCUGUAAUGGCACUGUGUCUAUGGAAAAUAAAAUUAUUUUACAAAAGAAAAAA